UGGCGAGGUUCUGUGUAACUGUUCCGUGUGGAACCAACGGUUAUUCAUAUCCUCUCCCUUUCCUGAGUUAUUGUUAAUUAGAUCCUCAUUCCAUAGAUUCGGUAACCACUCCAUACAUAUUGUGUUAAUUUGCAUUGAUAUAAUUUUCAUCUGAUUUCAACACUCCCGCUUCCCCGCAUUUGCCAUGGCUCCAAGGGCCACAAUACAGCCUACACUCGAAGCAGUCCGGGAUGUGCUUUCCCAGUCCACGGGUGCACCGCACGCGCCAAAUAUCGUCCCAAUAACUGCUUCGAUACGCGCUGAUCUGCUCACUCCUACAUUGGCGUAUCUAAAGAUCGCAGCAAAAUCGAAACGUUCCUUUUUGUACGAGAGUGCUGCGACCACGGAGACAAUUGGGAGAUAUAGUUUUGUAGGAGCCGAUCCCAAGAAAAUCCUCACUACUGGGCCCGGCCAUGGGCCCGCCUGCGAUCCGCUGCCCCUUCUCGAGGAGGAACUCUCGCACUUCCGGGUUGCUACAAUUCCUGGCAUGCAGCUUCCGCCAAUGUCUGGAGGGGUGAUUGGAUACGUUGGAUAUGACUGCGUGAGAUACUUCGAGCCGAAAACAGCUCGGCCUAUGAAAGAUAUUCUCGGAAUACCGGAGUCUUUAUUUAUGCUGUAUGACACCAUUAUUGCCUUCGAUCAUUUCUUCCAGGUUGUGAAGGUGAUAACCUACAUGCCUGUCCCCGAAAAUGAGACAGAGUUGGAAGCAGCAUAUCAAGCCGCAGAGGGGACCAUGCGAUCAACUAUUAAGACAUUAUUGGAUCCCAAUGUGCCGCUUCCGCCCCAACCUCCGAUCAAACGCGAUCAGGUAUAUACGUCGAACAUUGGACAGGAAGGAUACGAAAACCAUGUGAAGCGAAUGAAGGAACAUAUUGUUAAAGGGGAUAUCUUUCAGGCUGUGCCAUCCCAACGACUUUCUCGACCUACUACGCUACAUCCCUUCAAUCUAUAUCGGCAUUUACGCACGGUGAACCCGUCCCCAUAUCUUUUUUAUAUUGACUGUGGCGAUUUUCAGAUCGUCGGUGCCAGCCCCGAACUGCUCGUGAAGGAUGAAGGAAGACGGAUUAUUACUCAUCCGAUCGCAGGUACUGUGAAGAGAGGGAAAACCCCCGAAGAGGAUGCAAGAUUAGCAGCCGAGCUUAAGGGAAGCUUGAAAGAUCGCGCAGAGCAUGUUAUGUUGGUAGACUUGGCCCGGAACGACGUGAACAGAGUCUGUGAUCCGGUCACAACGCAAGUGGACCGCCUCAUGGUCGUCGAGAGAUUCUCACAUGUCCAGCAUCUGGUGUCGCAAGUGUCAGGGAUCUUGCGUGAGGGUAAAACACGCUUCGAUGCCUUCCGCUCUAUAUUCCCUGCCGGCACUGUCAGCGGUGCUCCAAAGGUCAGAGCCAUGGAGUUAAUUGCGGAAAUGGAGGGCGAAAAGCGCCACAUAUACGCCGGCGCGGUCGGUUACUUCGGAUACAACAACAGCUCUGUGGACGGACAAAAGAUAGUCGACGGUACGAUGGACAUGUGCAUCGCUCUCCGAACCAUGGUCAUGAAAGACAACGUUGCAUAUCUACAAGCAGGAGGAGGGAUUGUAUUCGAUUCCGACCCUUACGACGAGUACGUGGAAACGUUGAAUAAGCUAGGAGCGAACAUCCAAUGCAUCAAAGGAGCAGAGGAGGUGUAUCUGGAGCUGGAGAAAGAAGCUGCAAAUCACUCUUCUGUCUAAGAAUCGACUGCUGUUUUGCAGUUUGCUCAUUUCGGCUUGGACGUUUUGAGAUAUAGAGGCGACUUCGGCGGCCACUCCAGGUCCUCUGCAGCGAUGACUCAGUCCUUGGCAUGGGAGAACUAAGCGUUGAGACGGCUGAAACCAUUUCAAGCCAGCUGCCAACGCAUGGAGGCCGAGCAGAAGCGGCGAAACAGGGCGGUGUUGCCAACGUUUUGAGUGUGGCUAGGGUUUGCUACACCCGCCACCAAUUAGUCAGCUAAUCAGGCCAAUUUAGUUAGUUAGUUAAUAAGCCACAUCAA